AUUCUCGGCAAUUAAUCUCGUGCCAAGAUAUUUUUGCGAAAAAAUAAUAAGUAUUAAUACGAAUGAAGUAUCCUUGUAAAACAAUAAAGUUACUUCAAUUAUAAAUUCCUGACCUGACUUUUUCCAGCAGAGAUUGGACAACAUAAUCCUUUAAGGAAGAAACAAGAUGCGGCUCACAGCGGUAGUGCGGAUGCCUAUGCUGCAUAAGCGGAUGAAGGACUUGUCGUGGAAGAGAUGGAGGAAGCCAGGAAUUAUGGAUUUAGGGAUGGAGAAGAAACUUCGCGAUGAGGGGGUCGAUGUUAUUGAUGCAAAUCAAUUUGUUCGCGAAAUGGAUCGAAAUUUGUAUCCUACAGAUUGGAGAACUUUACCUGAUAUGAAGCCCGUGUUCCCUAAGCCACCUGCACCGAAUAGUCGAGACCACCCAGAUUGGCAUGAUAAGCCAGUUAUGGUGUUUGAGCAAGAGAGUUUUCCCAUGGAGGGAGUCAAUCAAGCGCAGGCAUUUACAAAAAGUGUUCAAGUGAAAGAUGGUCUUCCUGACUCACUGUUGGAAUCCUGCAAUUUUAUAAAACUUCAGAAUCCUGGGGAUGCAGCUGAACGGAUCGUUAAACAAGCAUUUUUGUGGGACGCAUACACAGAAAAAUUGCCAAAUCUAAAGAAUUUUGAUUUUCCAACCAGAGUAUUUCGUCGACCUAUGGGAAUUCCUGCCAGGCGAUCUAAUGAACUAUUGAUGAGAAAUCUUUUACGAUUAAUUGAACAAGACAAUUCAAGUGAGGCGUUGUCAAAAAUGAUUUCCAACGACGAAGAAUUUCGAGUUAACGUAAAACGUCAUGGGUCCGAUGUUCAAAUGAGAUUGUCCCCUCUAAUGAAUAUUAUGUCUAAGCGACCUCUUUGCCCAUUCCUCGAUUCGAGUGAAAGUAUAACAGAGAACCACCAAAUCCCAAAUAUUUACCCAUUUUUAUCAACAGCUAAUUUCAACAAUCAAAAUGUCUACAAAGAGGGAGACUUUUUUUCCGUGAGUGCAAAUAGUGCAUUUCCUCAUAUUCACACUGCCGUAUUCUCACACCAUAUUCCGGGAUCUCAUACUCAUAUCCACCCACGAUGGAAUGAUGACCGAUAUUCAGGCGCAACUAUAAUGUAUGCUUUUGCUACGGCGUUACUGGGAGCUCGACGGAAAUUUGGGGAUAACUCGUCGACACUUCCAGAGCCUGUUACAAGCCAGGUAGUUCACCUUACAGGGAAAGAGUUCCAAUUUGCAGUCUUUCAACUAAACACUUUGGACCUGGACAACGACUCGUCCAAAAUUAAAAACAUUGUUUGGCUAACAGAUAAAAUCAAUUUAUUCAGCCACAUAGAAAACAAGCUGGGUACAGAAUUGUUUGACGGAUACAAUCCUGAGCCAUUUAAGAUUUUAAAGGGUUUAUAUUCAAGUCCUACUAUUUAAUUUGUUUGUGACCAAGUAUUUAAGAUUUGAUAUAAGGUCAUUUAGAUUUCGAAUAUAAACAUAUUUGCUUGCUAGUAUGCUGCGAAGUUAAUUGCAGUUUCUGUAUCAUUACGAUUGGAAAUAUCUUCGUUUUGCCGCGUUAUAGCUGAGCCAUAUUUUGUGAUGUCCUCAGUUGGAGCUGAAAUUAAGAAAUAGACAAUGUGCACAUUACGGUACGCAAUUUGUAUCUACGAAAAAAUUUAAUGUACUGACGUUGACGUGGAUAUGUUGCGUUACUACUCGCAGUUGGCGACUGCAUCCAUCGCGACCCCCAAGCAUUUCUCUAUUAUUAAGUAAUAUUUUGUUCAUUUUGAAAUUCGCCAGAAGCUUGUAUUGAUUUAUCAUCCUUACCGAAUGAACUUUAUCCCAGCAUUUGCAACAACUCAUUAUUGGUGGUAGAAUUAGUAAUCCAGAAAAUCCCAACAAAGCACAACAAAAUGUCAUGCAAUCGUACCAUGGAUCAUCUAGAAAUGUUAAUUAUUCUUUUAAAAUAAGUUUUCCAACACUAUGUAACAACUGAGCUUACCACCAGUUAAUACUAGGAUCACACUAGUACCAAGAAUGAACAACCAAAACAAUGGCAUCGUAAAUACCAUCCAGUAGAACCAGCUUUUAUUCCUGUACCCUACGCAGCCUGAUUAAGUUGGGUCCAUAAUAAUAUAUUUCUAAUAAAAUUCAAUGACAAUCUCUCUAGA